AUGACAGCAACAGUCGCUUCACUCUUCUCUGUGGCCGGUCAGACCGCCAUCGUCACCGGCGGCACGCGCGGCAUCGGCCAAGCCAUGGCCAUUGCCCUGGCGGAAGCCGGCGCAGACAUCGUGCUGAUCCAGAGAGACGAGUCCAACACGUCGACCCGAGACGAGAUCGUCAGUCGUCUAGGCCGCAAAGCCUGGAUCCACGUCGCCGAACUGUCCGACCGACAAGCCAUCAAGGGCAUCAUGCCCGCCCUAGUCAGCCAGGGCAUCAAGCCGCAGAUUUUGCUGAACUGCGCGGGCAUCCAGCGACGGCAUCCGAGCCACCAGUUUCCCGACGAGGACUGGGAUGAAGUUAUCAAUGUGAACCUCACUUCAGUCUUCACGCUCUGUCGCGAAUUCGGCGCCUACCUCCUCGCCCGCGAUGCCUCCGAGUUCCCUUCCGCCCGCCGGGGCUCCAUCAUCAACGUCGCGUCCCUGCUCACCUUCCAGGGUGGCAUCACCGUGCCCGCCUAUGCCGCCUCCAAGGGUGGCGUCGGACAGCUGACCAAGGCGCUCUCGAAUGAGUGGGUGGGCAAGGGAAUCAAUGUCAAUGCGAUUGCGCCCGGGUAUAUCGCUACGGAUAUGAAUACCGCGCUCAUUAAUGAUGCUGACCGUAACACUGCAAUCAUGGCGCGUAUUCCUGCGGGUCGCUGGGGUCAGCCGGAGGACUUCAAGGGGAUUGUUGUCUUUUUGGCGAGUUCGGCGAGUGGAUAUGUGUCUGGUGAAGUUAUUACUGUGGACGGUGGGUGGAUGGGACGGUAG